CACAGGGAACACACUUGCAAGUGUCUCCUGUUGACAUGACAGAUUCUCCUGGUGGUUCACACAAUGUUCAAAAGGCACAAAUCCCUUGCUUCAGGACGCAAGAGAGAAUUGUUUUCUCAAGGAGCUACACGGUCCAUAUUGAAGAAUGACAUGAGAAAUUUUCACUCUGUGUCACAAUUUGUACUCUCAGCAGGCCCUCUAAAAUCAAUUCCAGCAGUUAAACAUUCAAAAACUGUUCACUUUGAGAUUGAAAUACUUGAUGCUCAAACAAGAAAGCAGAUAUGUAUUGUGGAUAAGGUGACAGUGAUAAGUACCUUGCUAAAUCCAAAGGUCAAUUUUCAUAGAGCCUGUCCAAAAUGGUACCCUUCCCGAGUUGGCCUGCAGUUAGAACAUGGUGGGCCUUUUUUAAAGGACUACAUAACCAUCCAAAGCAUUGCAGCUUCCUCCAUGGUCACACUCUAUUUUACAGACCUAGGUCAACAGGUCAGUUGGACGACAGUAUUUUUGGCUGAAUACACAGGACCUCUGCUAAUAUAUCUCCUCUUUUAUUUGAGGAUCCCAUAUAUAUACGACACGGAAGAGAGCUCUAGAAGGUUACGCCACCCAGUGGUACACUUGGCAUGCUUUUGUCAUUGUAUACACUACAUCAGAUGUCUCUUGGAAACCUUAUUUGUUCACAAAGUUUCUGCUGGACAUACACCUUUGAAAAAAUUGAUAAAGGGCUGUGCAUUUUACUGGGGAUUCACUUCUUGGAUUGCUUACUACAUUAAUCACCCACGGUAUACACCACCAUCAUUUGGAAACAGGCAAGUCACAAUAUCUGCUAUCAAUUUUCUGAUUUGUGAAGCUGGAAAUCAUUUCAUCAAUGUAUUGUUGGCCCAUCCAAAUCACACAGGAAAUAAUGCCUCUUUUCCAAGUCCAAAUUGUAACCCUUUCACAUGGAUGUUUUUCCUGGUUUCAUGUCCUAACUACACCUAUGAGAUUGGAUCAUGGAUUAGUUUCACAGUCAUGACACAAACCCUGCCAGUUGGGAUUUUUACACUUCUGAUGAGUAUCCAGAUGUCUUUGUGGGCACAAAAGAAACAUAAGAUUUAUUUGAAGAAAUUCAGUUCUUAUAUGCACAGGAAAUCAGCAAUGAUUCCAUUCAUAUUGUAAGAAAAACAUCUCAUACAUAAAAGCAGUAUAUAAACUUACUAAAUGAGACUUGGUAAAAGUUGGUUGACUAUUACGUUCCAUAAAUUUACAACAGUAUUUUUACUCAGUAAAAAUACAAAAUGGUAGAAUCCACUUAUAUUUAGAGUAAUAAACUUGAAGCAAAUGAAAAGUAGAAAUUAUAUGUAUGAUUAAUGAAAAAUAGCACUUUUGCAAGGGAUUGGUCCUUGAAUAAGAUUUUCGUACUUCAUUAAAUAUUUCACAAUAGUAUUUGCAUAAGACAAUUAAAAUAUCUGGAUUCUAAAGUAAGUAUUUUUAAAAGUUGGGACAUUAAAUCACUUGAAUUUUGUACAUUAUUUUGAUGGUAAUUUAAUUUUUCCUUUAUUGUUCACUAUUGAGAAGUAGCAAGUAUGUUUUUGUUUCAAUUUCUUGUGAAAAUUCUACCUAUAUUAAAAGUGAAGUACUUGUAAUCAGCACAUAAACUACCUUUAUAUAUAAACAUAUAUAUAUAUAUAUAUAUAUAUAGAGAGAGAGAGA